AUGAGGCCAGACAUUGAGCUGCAUUUCGGGAUUGUUGGUUUGUGUGAUGAGGAACUUCGAUUAGUUCAACGUUGGACUGGGGGUCAAGUUGCAGACAUUCUUCGCCAACAAGGAGCUACGGGAGGUGGUUUCCUAGUAACCGAUCUGCAUCGUGAGCAGAGUAUCUUCGAAUUGGAGCCAGGUCUAGCUGAAUACAUCAAUGAGCGCAUGCGUCGAGAGGGUUCAAAUCUCUCUGGUGUGACCACACAAUUCUUCGCUUGGGCUGCUAUUGAUCCUCAACAGUUGGCAGAACUUUUGCCAGGAGAGAGUGAAGCUUCGGAGGCUGCGGCAGCUAACCAACACAACCGAGCAGUUGCCAUGGAAACAGAGGACAGUGGAUCUGUCACCACACUCCACAAAGCUCCUUCCUCUGUGGCUACUCAUAUUCCUUUGGGUAGCAAAACCGAUGACGAUCCAAUAGUCGAUAUCGUGGGUGAAGGUUCAGCCUGUUCUAGUGAUGCACCAAGAGCAAAGAAUGCGAAGAACGAGGUGAACUCAUCAGCUACAGAUGCUUGUGAUUCCGAAAUGCGAGUCGUAGAAUCUGCGGGUCAAAAACACCAUGAGAACAAGGAACAUGGAAAUUGUGCAUAUGAAAAAAGGGAAGAACCGACUACUUUUCGUAAUGGUAGCAGCAUUUUGAAUUCAGCGUCACCUUUAGAUAUCCUAGCAGAGAUGCGUUUUCGACGGGCAGGUGGUACAUCCACCACGGGGGGUUUUAUUCCAGGUCGUUUCGGUGGAGGUUCUUCUUCUCUACCUGGCACUCCUGGCUCAUCAAUUGGCGGCGGUGGUGACUCGGCCCCAUGUACUCCCCUUGCUCACCUUUCUCUAUCUCCCGCGAGCCUUGAAAUGCAUCCCUCUCGGGCCAUUGAAUGUCUAGAUGUUCACUUGUCAUUCGAAGCAGGAAAACUCCUCCCUCUAGCCAUUUGUGAUCGACUAAAGCAUGGUCGACACUUCACUUUCCUCAAUGCUAAUUAUCCUGAACAUGCCAUUACGCUUGUUCCUCCUGGUGUUACUGGAGCUAUGGUCACACCAGAUGUCCCCUUCGUAUCCCGUGGCUCUUGGCUUCAGAUCUUUCUGCCCAAAGACUUCCUAGAACAACUUGAGCGCCAGUUCUCUAUUCUCCAGUAUCCUGAUGAAGUGAUUCUUCCUUUGGUCUUUCGAUGGCCUGAACGCCGUUUCCGCGUGUGUAUUCUGGAUGCAAGUAAUACCCAAACUGGCAGACAAUCAUCUAUUCCACCACCAGUUCCACAAACUCAUUCAAUGAUGCCGCCUCGGUCAAUGCCUGGUUCUGCGCCUUCGUUCACGCCGACCUCACCGAUCCCUCCUAAUCUUUUCCCUCCGGGUUGUGUACCUCCACCUCAAGUCCUUGCAGCGUUCAUUAAUGCACAACAAGGUCGUGGUGGUUUCAUGGGAUCAGCGUCGCCUCAAGAUUCGGGCGCUUCGAGCAGCCAGAGUCCUCCAUUUAUGCCCCCUCCUUUCCCUAUGGGAAAAGCGUCCCCAGCAUCAGCGCCUCAUCUUCCAUUUUCACAGCCUGCACAGGCACCACCACCCGCAGCUUCUUCUAAUAUUAUGGAAGCUAUGUUAGCGUCAUUUAUGAGUCUCUAUGGCAACAAGCCUGCAGUUGGAGGAGGUGGUAGUGGUAAUGCUGGGGUACUUCCCUUUGUACCACCUUUUGAUACUCACCAACUCCAACCAGGACCAUCUUCUGAUCCAUCUAAUACACGACCUCCUUGGCAAUAA